AGGUAUGAUCAAUACCCGGACUCCAGGUAUGAUCAAUACCCUGACCACAGGUAUGAUCAGCGUCCAAAUGCCAGGGCUUUCCCUCCUCCUUCUCCCCGAGGGGAGCGCCCUCAACCCCUCGCAUAGGAAUACGGCAACCCUGUGUCUUCUGCCUCCUCCCCUUCCCUUCCAAUGAUGGCCGCCACAACCCGGUCAGGGGCGGGUCCUCUAGCAAAUAUUUUGAUCCCAAUAGAGGGCCGCCCCACCAACUUUCUGGUGGACACAGGGGCUUGUCGUAGCGUCAUUCGGGAGGCAGAAAUCCCUGACCCCUCCUACUUAUCCUCUAUAGAUGUGUCCUGCGUGGGUGUGGACGGUCAGUCUCGGUCCAGCCCUCUCACGAGACCUCUACAGGUGGGUACUACCCCCGCAUUGUUGGCUAGAUUUGUGGUUUCGAACACCUGUCCCCUCAAUCUCUUGGGGGCGGAUGUUCUUUCCCGGCUUCAGGCCUCCAUUAUGUAUAAUGCUGACGGGUCCAUCUCCGUGUCCACUGCCCUGAGUGAGGGUGACACGUCAGCAUUAUGUUCCCUCCCCAUCCUGAUGUCCCUGCAGGUCCCGCCGGAAUCUAUCCCUGACCAUUUCCUUGAUCAAAUACCCUCCUGCCUCUGGUCCACUGGCCCAGAGGAUGUAGGUAGGUUGUCAGUUCCCCCGGUGGUAGUCCUUCUCAAGCCAGGAGCUGUUCUUCCUAGAAGGGCACAAUACCCCCUCAAACCUGUCCAGACUCAGGCAAUUUCUGAGCAAAUUGAAGUUUUGUUGGGAAAUGGUGCCCUGAUACCCUGUACUUCCCCUUGCAAUACCCCAUUGUUUCCUAUUAAGAAGAAGACCCCCAAGGGUCACCCGGAUAAGUUUCGGUUAGUACAGGAUCUUAGAGCAGUGAACGAGGCCACCGUUUUGGAGACACCACUUGUCCCCAAUCCACACACUCUUCUGUCAGGGGUUCCCCCAUCUGCAACGAUUUUCACUGUCAUCGAUUUAGCAAAUGCCUUCUUUAGUGUCCCAUUGGACCCCUCCUGUCAGUACUUGUUUGCAUUCACACAUGCUUCAAAGCAGUAUACCUGGGGUGUUCUCCCUCAAGGCGCCCAGAACUCACCCAACCAGUUCACCAAGGCCAUGUCCCUCAUCCUCUCCAACUGGCCUAACCCCCACCCGGACCUGGUUGUGGUUCUUCAAUAUGUGGAUGACUUGCUCGUCUGUGCCCCCUCUCAGGAAACAGCGGAACAAUCUUCUGUCAGCCUUCUGGUGUACCUGGCUCAACAAGGAUGCAAGGCCUCGAAAGAGAAGUUACAGUGGUGCUCUCCCCGUGUUGUUUUCCUGGGACAUUGCAUAUCUCAUGGCGCGAAGCACAUUACGCAACAGCGCGUUGAAGCCAUCCAAGCCCUUUCACCCCCCAGCAGCGCUAAGGCCCUACAUGCUUUUUUGGGACUGAUUUCUUAUUGCAGAGCCUGGAUACCUGCGGCCUCCCUUCUCAUGCAGCCACUAUAUGACAACCUGCCGUGUGUCCCCUUUGCAUUGUCCGAAGAAGCCCUUACUAACUUUUCCCUUUUGAAAAAGGCGAUCAGCACUGCUCCUGCACUUGGUCUUCCUGACUAUGGAAAGCCCUUUAGGUUGUUUAUUUCUGAGACCCAAGGACACGCUUCAGGGGUGCUGACACAAAGUUAUGGACUCCGUAACCGCCCCAUUGGUUACUAUUCUGCCCGCCUGGACUCUGUCGCUAGAGGAGGCCCAUCUUGUCUCCGAGCUGUUUUUGCUGCCCAGGCCCUAUUGGACAAAACUUCAGAUAUUGUUUUGGGGUAUCCCCUACAGCUGCUUGCCCCUCACGAUAUCUCUGCCAUCUUGAAUCAAGUGCAGCCCAAGCAUAUUUCCUCUGCUCGGCACCUUCGGUUGCAAUGCUCUCUUCUCCUGCCUGACAAUGUCACACUGCUUCGAUGCCAGCAGCUGAACCCCGCUACACUUCUUCCUCUUGUCCAGGGGGGAAAUCGUGAUAUGUCUCUGGACGAACAGGAAGAAGAGAACACAGACUUACCUGCCCCUACCUUGGAUGAAUAUGAACAUGAUUGCUUUGAACUCAUGAAGGCGGAAACCACCCAUUUACCCUCUGUCCUGGAUUCACCGAUCCCAGAUCCUCAACUCACCUUGUAUGUUGAUGGUUCCAGAUUUGCAGAUUCAUUCGGCAAUUACCAUACAGGAUAUGCGGUUACCACAGAGACUGUAGUUAUGAAAGCCGCCUCGCUCCCAGCAUCCAUGUCUGCUCAAGAGGCUGAGCUCUAUGCCCUUACAGUAGCCUGCCAGAUUGCAGAAGGACAAACAGCAAACAUCUAUACUGAUUCGCGGUACGCACUGGGCGUUGCCCAAGACUUUGGAGUUAUAUGGAAGACUCGCGGCUUCCUGACUACAGCCGGUACCCCGGUGAAGCAUGGAAGGGCAAUAGAUGCACUGCUGACAGCACUCCAACUCCCUGAACAAGUAGCAAUACUCAAGGUUAAAGCCCAUGGAAAGAGAACCACACCAGAAGCCAGAGGAAACUACCUUGCCGAUGAAACAGCAAAACAAGCAGCCAUGACCCCUCUAGAGGCUCAAACCACAGACUUUGUGGGGAUACACCAUCCACAACCAGAAGCGGUACACACAGACCUACUUAAAAAGACUCAAACAGACGCUGCAGACCAAGAGAAAACUACGUGGAAUAAGAUGGGAGCAGUACGGAUGAAUGACCUUUGGACUGUAGGAACCCGCCCAUGUCUCCCCAGAGCUUUGUACCCAGCUGUGGUACAGUGGGCCCAUGGGCCAACCCAUCUCUCAAAGACUUUGAUGAACUCGCUCAUAAACAAACAUUAUGUAGCUCCAGGAAUUACUACUUUAACUAACCAGUACUGCAAGUCCUGCCACACCUGCCUAGCAUGCAAUCCCGGAAGGCUGGAGAAAACUCCCCCGAAACAUUCAGUCAGACCACUCUACCCCUUCCAGAGAAUACAGAUCGACCACAUACAAAUGCCAAAGAGUGGUAGAUUCGAGUAUGCCCUGGUAGUUGUAGACAUGUUCUCAGGAUGGCCCGAGGCAUAUCCAGUUGCAAAUCAGACAGCGAAAACCACAGCUAAAAAGUUACUUUUGGAGGUGGUUUGCAGAUUUGGGGUACCCGAGGUUAUAGAAAGUGAUCAAGGUCCUGCGUUCACUGCUACUAUUACAAAAGAGAUAUGGAAGGCCCUAGGUACCACGUUAGCAUUUCACACACCUUAUCAUCCUCAGAGUAGUGGGAAGGUGGAAAGAAUGAACCAGACACUUAAAACCCGAAUGUUGAAAAUGGCCAAAGAUACAGGUCUGUCCUGGCCAGAAAGUUUGCCAAUAGCUUUAUUCAGUGUACGGUACUCCCCGAGAGGGAAGUAUUCUUUGUCCCCUUUUGAAAUCUUGUUUGGUACAGCUCCCAGGUUAGGUUGUUACUACCCGCAACAGUUGCAAUUACAGUCUGAUACUUUGGUAGAUUAUGUGACGGCUCUGGCCAAAGAAUUAACUAAUAUCCAUGCACGAGUAUAUUCUUCCAUUCCAGAUCCUGAUUUAGAUACCGGUACUCACAGCAUACUUCCUGGGGAUUGGGUGAUGGUUAAGAAGUUCCUCCGAAAACAUUCUCUAGAGCCAAGAUAUGAUGGUCCAUUUCAAGUGUUGCUGACAACAGCUACUUCAGUAAAGUUGGCCGGAAAGAACACUUGGAUACACGCAUCCCAUUGCAAAAAGGCUCCAGUUCCUGAGGAUUGUGACCUACCCGCAUCAGAAUGAAGUUAUAUAUCCUUCUUUUUACAGUGACAGUGGUGUACACACAGGAGGUGGCUAUUAGAAAAACAGAACAGAUAGUGCAAUUCUGGUAUAAUUCAUCAGACACACAUGUGACUACCUUUAUAUUUGAUUACUGUGAUAUAUAUCCUCCAGCUGCGUGGUAUUGGUGUCAUACGAACCGACGGGUGUUUAGUGUCCGCGGAGACAUAUAUCUAUGUGAUGUAACUGAAGAUUGUAAUGAUUGGGGAUCUGUGGGUUGGAAUACAGGUGAUGACUGGGGAAACAGACCACAGCAUGCUCUGAGUAAAAAAGACAAAUAUGGGGAGCCAUUACUUGACAGACUAACCUUGAGAAAAUCAGCUUUAUGGUAUGCUGGUGAGACGGAUUAUAACAUGAAACUUACCCUAACCAUAAGGAAUCCCAGUCCUGGGGAUGCAGGCACAUAUAAUAUGGGGUUACGGUAUAGUGAAGAGGAUAGGAAACCAAUACCAUUACCUGUAGGGGAUAGGGGACCAAUAGUACCGUUCCAACUUAAAGACAUGUAUAAUUCACCUGAAUGGCAGGCCUUACAAGCUUUAAGUGAUCCCCCUGAGGUACAGGUACAUAAAACCACCCUAGGAGAAAUAGAGGCCAUAGCAGAUCCCACAUUCGAAGACACAAUGGCAGCUGAGACUGGUUUUUCGGAUGUUAACUUGUGGCUCGAAUGGAUGAGGUAUAGUGCAUUGAAGCAUAACCGAUCCAAUUGUUACGUAUGCAGUGGAGCUAAACCACAUUUGGGAACAGUACCAUUAAACAUACCUCCUACUCAAGAGGAGUGUUUUCUGAGCCUGUUUACCAACACUACUACUGAUCACUCCCAGUGUGAGACAUGGAAAAAGGAAUACCCAAUAAUAACUCAAACAGCAAGGCCUGGGGAAGGUAUCACUAUAUAUCCCGGUAAUUACACAUGUUAUAGGAAAUACCAGGGAGCAGGGAGGUUCUUAGGUAACUUCUCUGAGGGUUACUGUGCUUCAUACAGUAGUGUAUCUGCAGAUUUAGUUCAAAAUCAAAUACAAUCUCUGGGAGAUGUGUAUUGGAUCUGUGGUGACAUGAAAAUUAGGGCUAAAUUAACUGACCAAUGGACAGGGGAAUGUGCACUUGCUAAAGUCAUAAUGCCCUUGCACAUCUUUUCUGUAGAGGACCUAGUCACACAAGGGGAGCACCCCAAUAGAGAACGUAGAAGUGCCCCAGCAGGUAGUUUUGACCCUCAUGUAUAUAUAGAUGCCAUAGGGGUUCCAAGGGGGGUCCCGGAUGAGUUUAAAGCUAGAGAUCAAGUAGCUGCCGGUUUUGAGUCCCUGAUUCCCUUAAUCACCAUAAAUAAGAAUGUGGAUUGGAUUAAUUAUAUUUACUAUAACCAACAGAGGUUUGUUAACUACACCAGGGAUGCACUCCAGGGAAUAGCUGAACAACUAGAAGCCACUUCACGGAUGACUUUUCAAAAUCGCAUGGCCCUAGACAUGAUAUUAGCUGAAAAGGGGGGUGUAUGUAAAAUCUUACCUGGUACAAGUACAUGUUGUACGUACAUUCCGGACAAUACAGGUCCGAAUGGCAAGGUAACAUUGGCCAUUAAGAAAUUAGAGGAACUCUCCAAAGAAUUAAAAAGAAAUUCUGGGUUGACAGAUCCCUGGGACCAGUAUUUUGGAUGGAUGAAAGGGUGGCAACGCAUUUGUACUCAAAUAGGUAUAGCAAUUUUGAUUUUGGUUAUAUUGGUUGUGGUGAUGUUUUAUUGUAUUCUGCCCUGUAUAAAGAAACUGUUAGGGAAAGCAGCUGAAGAGGUAACUCCUACUUUUGUAAAUUUGGGUGAAAUAGGAGAUUCAUUGAAGAAAGUAGAAGAAGGACCUUAUCCUCUGUUACCAUCCUUGACUGUUGAGACUGCUUACAACAUUCUCAAGUGAAAGAAAGGGCAAAGAGAAUGUAGGGAUGUUGCUUUUCAAAUAGACCUUAUAGGGGGGAUUGUGAUAGAUUUCUGUAAUAAUGCCUAUUUGAUAAGCUGUGCUAAUCUUUAUAUUAGAAUUAUUAAUAAUGUUUAGUAUUAUUCUUCAUAUUAUUUUUGAUACCUUUUUAUAUAUAAGUAUAUUUAUGCAUGUGUGAAAUAUAUGUAUC